AUGCCACCAGCAGCACAACCACGCCCGCCACAAUGGGAUGCAAUGGCAAAACAUGAAUUCGCGCAAUAUGUCCUCGAGGAAAAAGGGUCAUACUUUCCGAGCUUAGCUGAGAUGAAAGCUAGUGGACCGCCGAGAGACACAGUUGACGGCCUUCAGAGAAGCAUCAACGAGAAGCAGAGCGAGUUCACAAAUGAUCUAGACAAGCUAUACCAGCAUCAGGCUCAGCGAUACCUCGAUGAUGCGUAUGAUCGCUAUCUAUCGUUCGAAGAGGCCGAAUGCGUUGUCAUGUCCAAUAAGCCUCCUUCAACUCUUCCCAACUUCAGGGAUUUUUAUCUACAGCAGCGUCGCUUCCUUUCCGGAGGCACGAGAAGUGGGAAGAGCACAGAUCCCAUCGCGCCCUCAGGUGUGUUCAGCGAUGAGGUUGCUCAAUACACCGCCGCACACUACAAAUCUGUUCAUCCCUUGCAAGACCGUUUGGCCCGAGCAACGAAAAAUGAGGAAGAACUGCGACGAAGACGGGAAGCGAUGUUUCCCGCCACAAUAGGAGACUAUCGCUCGAUACGGAACAAAGACGUUCAGCUACGAAUAGCCAGAUUCUUGACGGCAGAUUCCACCAUACAGGGUAAAAUGAUGACAGAAUUCAAUUGGGCCUGGAGACAGACGAAGCCGCUCCAGGAUGAGUACCUCCACGACGAUGCAUUCAAAGCUGAGGUGCAGACGAGGGUGAAAGAUGUUGAGGUAAGGGACCCGAGGAGAAAGCCGUCGGCGCCGCAAUUGGGAUGA